CAGGACAUUGGUGAAAAACUUUCAGAAAUUGGAAGCAGGCUGGAUUAUCCUCAUCUCACUAAGGAUCUUGCAAAGGAAAUAGAGACUCUAUGGGAGGAUGCUGCCAUUCAGGAAACAUAUGCCCGUGGUAAUGAACUCCAAGUUCCUGAUUGUACCAAAUAUUUCAUGGAAAAUUUGCAGAGGUUGUCUGAUGCUAAUUAUGUUCCUACAAAGGAGGAUGUUUUGUAUGCAAGAGUUCGUACAACUGGUGUUGUGGAGAUCCAGUUCAGCCCUGUUGGAGAAAAUAAAAGAAGUGGUGAAGUCUAUAGACUCUUUGAUGUUCCAGGCAUAUUCAACUGUUGGAACUCUUGACUACAUGGCUCCAAAAGUUUUGCUCAAGAAGGGGUAUGGAAUAGAGUGUGAUUGGUGGUCUCUUGGGGCAAUCAUGUAUGAGAUGCUUGUUGGAUAUACUCCAUUUUGUUCUGAUGAUCCAAGAAUGACCUGCCGGAAGAUUGUGAAUUGGAGAGCAUGCCUGAAAUUCCCCGAAGAACCUAAACAGGAUGUUUGAUUUACCUUUUGGAGUGUCCAAAGAGAUUUUUAUACCAUGUUAAUUUAAGGGUCCAUUCCAUGUAGUGUGAAAUGGCUGGCAUUUUUACAAUGUUAUAUAGGGAUAAAUAAAGCUAAAACCUGAAGGUGCUACUACUGUGUUUCUGGAUUUCUUAAUUGCAGUUUUUUUCUUUGUUCUUUUAGCUAGUUCAUAUAUUAUUUAUAAAA